CUGAUGUGAUCGAAGCAUGGUGUUGAGUAGCUGGGUGUUGCAUCCUAGAAGAAUGGUGGACCUCUCUGCUGAAGCAUGGAUGAAGCUCAUCAAGCAUGGUGUGAAGGAUGGAGAGCUUGACCAAUACUCAGACUUUUGACUGAGAAAAGAGUAUGUUUUUAUUAGCAAUAUUAUAUAGUAUAUGUUUAAGGUUGUGGACCAGUUAGUGACAAGUUAGUGGGUUAUGUUGGCCAAUGAGAAGCGAGGUAAGUGGUUAACUUUUCUUAUGUUUACUUUUCAAUAUAUAUGGUAGUGGAGAAGACCAGCUUGGUAUUGGCUGUCAACUUAGUCAAGCAUCUCUUCUCUUGCUCUGUUAGCUAUCCUCUUCUUCUUGUGUUUUUUUCUCUCUGGUUCUUGUUUUCUCUUGCAGCUGCAGCCAUUGAAGAUAGUUCACUGAGGUCGUGAUCUCUAACAAAUGGUACAGUUACUUACCCAGCUUGUCUUGCUCUUAGUUAUCUUCCAUUAUUCCAUCGCAACCGACACUUUGAACCCUAAUCAGCCUCUCCAAGAUGGCCAAAUCUUAGUUUCAGCCAAAGAAUUCUUUGCCUUAGGCUUCUUCAGUCCUGGUGGAUCAAAGAACCGUUACGUCGGGAUAUGGUACAACAAGCUACAACCAGCAGGACAGAAAACAAUAGUAUGGGUUGCCAACCGUCGAAGUCCACUGUCAGGCACCAAUGGAAGCUUGGAACUGAAUGACAAUGGAACUCUCACCAUCAGCUCAAUGAUGUUCUUGCCCAUGCCCUCAGUGAUCCUUAGCAAUCCGGUGGCGCAGCUGUUAGAUGACGGUAACUUUGUCAUCAGAGAAGCCAACAGCAGCGAGUUCGCUUGGCAGAGCUUUGACUACCCGACCGAUACCCUUCUCUCUGGCAUGAAGUUCGGAUGGGACUUGAGAACUGGACUUAACCGCAAUCUCACCUCUUGGCGGAGCAAUGAUGAUCCAUCUCCAGGAAGAUACGUCCUAUCCAUGGACCUCGAAGGGAUUCCUCAAGUUAAUUUAUGGUCUGAUUCAACUAAAAAGGCCCGCAUGGGGCCAUGGAACGGUAUCACGUUCAGCAACAUAGGAGCAACGAAGAGCAACAAUGGCCUCUCCUCUGCUUUUGUUAGCAACAAGGACGAGGUUUACUACAUGUAUAACACAACGGGCACAACGAUUGUGUGUCGCUCGAUAGUGGACCAGUCCGGCAUGGAGAAAAGUUUUGUGUGGAUUGAGAGGUCAGGCACGUGGAAUAACGUCUUGUACUUCCCCAAGAGCCAGUGCGAGGAGUACUCAGAGUGUGGGCCUUUCGGCGUGUGCAACAUCGAUGUCUGGCCCAUAUGCAGGUGCUUGCAAGGGUUCAAACCAAAGUCGCCACAGGAGUGGGCUCUAAGGGAUGCUUUGUCCGGUUGUGAGCGCCUCACGACGCUCGACUGCAAGAAUAAAACCGACGGGUUCAUGACUAUCACCAUUACGGCGCUGCCAGAAACGUCAAAAGCCAUCCCAUACCCAAACAUUAGCCUGAAUGAAUGCAGAGCUAACUGUUUGAAGAACUGCUCGUGCACUGCCUAUGCGAUAACCAACAUCAGUGGUGCAGGAAUGGGGUGCAUUAUUUGGGUCACAGAGCUCAUCGACAUGCAAAUGUCCUCUCAUCCUACACAGGAUGUCUUUGUCCGGCUUGCCGCUGCUGAUCUAGGUAACACAACUUCAAUGGAGUACUUUGAUGGAAGCUCCAAACAACUUUGCCGAAACAAACAUUCUUGGGAAAGGCGGUUUUGGCCUUGUUUACAAGGGGAAGCUAGCUGAGGGACGUCAAGUAGCAGUGAAGCGCUUGUCUAAAUGUGGACCCCGCUAACCUGGUCCCUACACCUUUCAUUUGUCUCCUAAAAAACUUAGUUAAGUGCUAACCUUGUUUACCUUACCCCUUAAUCCUUUCUUCUUCUUCUUGUCACCAUGCUGGGAGUCUUUCUAGAGAGAAGAAUUCCCGGAGGAAUUCCCGGAAGCCAUCUUGUCAUGGCCCCCUUCUUGGCCGAAUGUUUUCACCCCCAUGGUCAUCUCCUUUCUUCAUUCCUCCAUCUCUCUUCUUUCUCUCCACUCUCCCACUUGUUUACUCCUUGGAAGUUGAAGAAGAAGGCCAUCCAUCACCGGAGUUCGAGUCUCCACCGGUGGUCUUGGCAUCCGAAGGUGAGGAGAAGAAGAGCAAGUAGCCGCCGGCGUCCUCCAAAGGCAAGGACCACCUUGAGCAUCAUCUUGGAUCUCUUUUUGAAUUUAGGAUCACCAAGUAAG